UCAGCUUGGAGAUUUCGGCUUGGAGAUUUCGGCUUGGAGAUUUCGGCUUGGAGAUUUCGGCUUGGAGAUUUCAGCUUGGAGAUUUCAGCUUGGAGAUGUCAACUUUCGCUCUCAGAUUUAUCUUUACGGGUCGUUCGCUUUUCUCCCAUUUUUCUUUAUUAUUUAUAUCGUUAGAAACAUACAUACCACAUGCCUUUGUAUUAGUUAUUUGUAUCACCCCGUGGCUACAUUAUAUCCCCCCCCUGUUUCGCCACGCAGCGAGGAGUUUGAUAUCUGUACAUGUGAGAAAACAUUUUGUAUUUAGAGAAAGGGAGGAAGUAUAAAGCAUGGGCAGCGGGAUAGCGGAUCAUGGAGGAGAUAUAUUGGAGCUUCUUUUUUUAUUAUUAUUUUCAGAUGCUCUCAAGUU